AUGUAUCUCUCCCCGCUAACCCGAUGCCACUACCUGAGCGCAACAACAACAAGAGGAUUCCGCCGCCAAUUCUCCGUGCAUCGUCCUCUCCGCACCAGCAACAACACCUCCGCAUCCGCCGUCGCCGCAGCCUUCCUCGCCCGCUUCCAGUCUCUGGGCCCUCAGACCCGCACGCAAAUCCUGGAUGCCAAUCAGCUCCAACUUCUUUCUCUCACACUCAAUCGACCUUCUCUCUGGGCGGGGGUGGACUCGACGCCGUCCCUGUCCACCUCCUCGACCCCACUGCCACACGGCACCCCCCUGCCGGCCGGCUACCACCUCGUCUACUUCACCCCGGCCUUCCUCGAAACCGAGCUCGGCCCCGACGGCACCGACACCUCCUACAACCCAGCCUCCCCCUUCACGCGCCGCAUGUGGGCCGGCGGGGCGGUUGAAUGGCCGCGCAAUCCGGUGACUGGUGGCCGACCCAAUUUCCUCCGGGUAGGCCAGGAAGUCCAGGAGACGACACGGGUGUUGAGUGCUGAACCCAAGGUCGUGCGCAAGACCGGCGAAGAGAUGAUUGUGGUGGGCGUGGAGAAGGAGUUCCGGAAUGAGGAUGGCGUGGCUAUUGUGGAUCGGAGGAACUGGGUCUUCCGCAAAGCCCUGACAAGCCCCUCUCCAACACCCACACCACCCACCACCACCACCACAGGAUCCUCAGCACCCGGCACAACAACAACAACAACAACAACAACAACAACAACCACCGAAAACACCCGUACCCACACGCGCACCCUCCGCCAAACCCCGGUCACCCUCUUCCGCUUCUCCGCGUUGACCUUCAACCCGCACAAGAUCCACUACUCGACCCCCUGGGCGCGCGACGUCGAAGGCCACAAGGACAUUGUCGUGCACGGGCCGCUCAACCUGAUCUGCAUGCUGGAUCUGUGGCGGGAUACGCGGGCGGCAUCCCGACCCACAGAGCCACAUCUGCUCCCGGAGAGCAUCAGCUACCGCGCGACGAGCCCGCUGUACGCCGAGGAGGAGUAUCGGAUUGUGUUGGAGGAGGAGGCCGGGGAUGGGGAUGGGGUGGGGACGGUGCAGAUUCUCGGGCCGGGGGAGGUGGUUGCGAUGCGGGGGGAGAUUCGGUAGGUUUGGGGUUUUCGAGUGGAGGUGGGUGGUGGCUCUGGUGAGUUGCUAGAGGUAGAGUGAGGGUCUAGGAAGUUAUGCUUUGUGCAAAGUACGGUACUGAGUAGUAACUAACUAACUAACUAACUAUAUAGAGGUUCUUACAUUAGUACUGUAUUGGGUAGUGGAUAAAGGCUCAUAGCUCAGAGCUAUGUAGAUUUCACAGCGGCUACGGUGCUUGGUACAGUCG